AUUUAGCCCAAAAAAGUAAAAGAAGAUAUUAAAAAGGGCCGCCGGUCCAUGAAUUAAAUUGACUAGGAGCGAGUUGGUCAGCCCAAAAACAAACCGAAAGUUUAGAGCGGCGAAGGAGAGAGAGUAAGGAGCUUUAAUGGAAGCAGUGGGGGAGAUGGUAACACCAGGAGAAGUAGUUGGCAGAACAUGGGACGUCAAAGCCGGAAGAGGAACUUACUUAGCACUUCACAACAACACCGUUUACGCCUCCUUAACUGGCCUCCGCCACACCAUACCUCCACCUUCGGACUCUCCUGACCAGAGACCGGUUAUCGAAGUAACUGGUCAUAAAGCCCAUGGGCCUGUUCCAGAGCCUGGUUCUGUUGUCAUUGCUCGUGUUACCAAAGUGAUGGCUAAAACUGCUUCAGCUGAUAUUAUGUGUGUUGGGCAAAAGUCUGUUCGUGAAAAAUUUACUGGUAUCAUUAGGCAGCAGGAUGUUAGGGCAACUGAGAUUGAUAAAGUAGACAUGCACUUAUCUUUUCGUCCUGGUGACAUUGUUAAAGCUCUCGUGCUUUCCCUUGGAGAUGCACGGGCGUACUUUCUGUCAACCGCAAAGAAUGAACUUGGUGUUGUUUCUGCAGAAAGCACUGCUGGUGCAACUAUGGUUCCAAUAAGUUGGACCGAAAUGCAGUGCCCACUUUCCGGUCAAAUUGAACAAAGAAAGGUAGCCAAGGUUGCAAGCCUUCAUUCAUUCAUUAAGGUUGGGAUGAAAACAAUGGCUUCAACUUCUCUUCAUCUUCUUCCCUCUCUCUCCAAAUUCAUAACCCCUCUUUCCCAACAUCACACCCAUCCAUUCCCUUCCACAACCUCACUCAGAUUCCCCUAUUCCAUCAAUACCAUUUUUCUUCACAAACCUCUCUCUCUGCGCUUUGCUCUAACAGAAUCUGACUCACCUAAAUCCACAGAACCUGACCCUAAAACUCUUCUCCAACAAAUUUCCGACAGUUUUGAUCUUCCCCCUGAUUACUUUGUGCAGUUUCCCAGCGAUCUUCGAUUAGACCUAAACGACGCAGCGUUCGACCUUUCAAAUGGACCUGUCUUGGAUGAGUGUGGCAAAGAGUUGGGAGAGACAUUGCUAAACCUCUCGAGAGCAUGGGAGCUUGCUGAUACAUCAUCCUCUCGCUCCUUAGUGGCAAAGCUUCCUUUGAUGGAGGCUAAUUUGACAGGCACUGCCAAAUCAGCACUCGGAAAGCGUUUGAUAUCAGCUGGAAGAAGGUUUCAGUCAAUGGGACUGUAUGGCCAAGGUGAAACACAAAAGAUUGCAAAAGCAAUGAUUGCGGCUGGGAGAGCUCUAUCUGCUAGUUCAACGUCUGCAGACGUAGAUAAACAACCUAAAGACAAAAAUAGGACGCUGAAGUUUGGAGCAUUGCAGGUUGAAAUUACACCCGAAAAAGCCAAUAUUGGGGCAGCAAUUGCAUUUGUUUUUGGGAUUCUGUCAUGGGAAAUAGCUCAGGGAGUUCAAAACAUUCCAGAGAGUUCUUUGCAGUAUGCAAAUGACAAUGCUUUGAUGCUUGCUAAGUCUUUGAGGGGAACAUUGCUUGCUAUUGUCUACUCCUCCACUCUCUUGUCUGCACUUACUUCGGUGGGGCUUGUUUUACUCGGUAUACAGAUCAAGUCAGACAUGGCUUCUCUCUCUUGCUCACCCACCGACCUCGCUCCAUUCAUCACCGCCACAGCAAACGCAACCGCCGCAGCUAACUACCUCUGCUCCCAAUUCAAUGCCAUUUCAAAUAAACUCAGCGACACCACCUAUGCAGUGAACAACACGUACCUUCUUUUCUCAGCUUAUUUAGUCUUCGCCAUGCAGCUCGGCUUCGCCAUGCUCUGCGCUGGCUCCGUUCGAGCCAAAAACACCAUGAACAUCAUGCUCACCAACGUCCUUGAUGCUGCCGCCGGUGGACUCUCCUACUAUCUCUUCGGCUUCGCUUUCGCCUUUGGUGCACCCUCCAACGGCUUCAUCGGCCGCCACUUUUUCGGUCUCAGGGAUUACCCUGAACCGUCCAGAGACUAUAGUUUCUUCCUCUACCAGUGGGCUUUCGCCAUCGCGGCAGCCGGUAUCGCCAGCGGCUCCAUCGCCGAGAGAACUCAAUUCGUUGCAUAUCUUAUAUAUUCUUCUUUCUUGACCGGUUUUGUUUACCCCAUUGUUUCGCAUUGGUUCUGGUCUGAUGAUGGUUGGGCCAGCCCAACACGAACCGAUGGUAAUGUUUUGUUCGGGUCCGGCGUCAUCGAUUUCGCCGGUUCAGGUGUGGUUCACAUGGUUGGUGGUAUAGCAGGUUUAUGGGGGGCUUUUAUUGAAGGUCCAAGAAUCGGCCGGUUCGACCGGUCGGGGAGGUCUGUUGCAUUAAAAGGACACAGCGCGUCAUUGGUUGUGUUGGGUUCAUUUUUAUUAUGGUUCGGUUGGUACGGGUUCAAUCCCGGUUCGUUUUUAACAAUAGUGAAAGGCUAUGGAAAUGGUAAGAGAGGGGAUUAUUAUGGUCAAUGGAGUGCUAUUGGAAGGACAGCUGUCACAACUACAUUGGCUGGAUGCACUGCUGCUCUCACAACUCUUUUUAGUAAACGGUUAUUGGCUGGACAUUGGAACGUGAUUGACGUGUGUAACGGCCUCCUUGGCGGUUUCGCUGCAAUCACUUCGGGCUGUUCUGUAGUGGAACCGUGGGCCGCGAUUGUGUGUGGGUUUGUUGCGGCCUGGGUUUUAAUUGGGCUUAACAAAUUGGCGGUGAAAAUGGAAUAUGAUGAUCCUUUGGAAGCGGCGCAGUUACACGGAGGGUGUGGCGCGUGGGGGGUUUUGUUUACGGGUUUGUUUGCGAAGGGAGAAUACGUGAGCGAGAUUUACGGGAUUGGGAGGCCGUACGGGUUAUUGAUGGGCGGUGGAGGGAGAUUAAUUGCGGCGCAGGUGAUUGAGGUAUUGGUGGUGUGUGGGUGGGUGACGGUGACGAUGGCGCCGUUGUUUUAUGGGCUUCAUAAGAUGAAAUUGUUGAGGAUAUCGAGGGAUGAAGAGAGUAUGGGGAUGGAUUUGACGAGACAUGGUGGGUUUGCUUAUGUGUAUCACGAUGAAGAUGAAGAUGAAUCGAUUAAGAGAGCAGGGUUUAUGAUGGGUAGGAUUGAACCCGCGAGUUUGUCGCUAUCUCCUUCCGCCGUGAUUACACUCGAACAAGCUUCGCCGUCGCCAAUCACUGCACUACCACCACCAGUGUGACGUCAUCACUCCUUUACACUAGAUUGCUUUUGUUGAUUUCUUCUGUUACGUUAAAAAUAGGAAUAGUCGUUGGUUAAAAUUGAGCCGAAAUAAAAUUAUGAAACUCCUAAAAUAUCAACAUUGUUUUUUAU